GAUCCGAGUCAGGGCUCUAUAUAUAUACCACGUCAUGGGGCUCACUGGAUGGCUCGGGCGCACACCCAGGACCACGUGCCUUUCAGAGGCUCUGGACCCUCCCAGAGCUCUGCAGCGUGGAACCCUGAACGCAGAACACCCCAACACUGACCACUGAGCACAGACCACCAGGACGCAGAACCCCCCAACACUGACCACUGAGCACGGACCACCAGGACGCAGAACACCCCAACACUGACCACUGAGCACGGACCACCAGGACGCAGAACACCCCAACACUGACCACUGAGCACAGACCACCAGGACGCAGAACACACAGAACACAGACCACUGAGCACGGACCACCAGGACGCAGAACACCCCAACACUGACCACUGAGCACAGACCACCAGGACGCAGAACACCUCAACACUGACCACUGCAGCCCAGACCACCAGGACGCAGAACACAGCGAACACAGACCACUGAGCAGGGAACACCCCAACACUGACCACUGCAGCCCAGACCGCCUCCAACAGUUCCUUCUGCCUGGUGCGGUGAAGAGGUCCUGGAUGGACCCCCUUGAGCCCGGCGACCGCGUCACCCAGGGGAGCGUCACCCAGGGGAGCGUCACCCAGUCCGGCCCGCCGCCUCCCCCCCCCGCCCACGGCCCCGGGGCCCGGGAGGGGGUCCCCGACGACACGCCGUGCAGAGCCGCGGCCCGGCCCAUCGAUCAGAACCCCGGGCUCACAGAGGCCGCCCCCCCCGUGGAGGACGGGCCCCGGGGCCGCGGAGGACCCCCCGCGCACCACGACGGUCAUGAACACAGCCUGGGGGGCGGGCCGGGCGUCCUCUCUGGCAGGGAGGGGGACACACACCUGGAGGCCCUCCAUAACUGCUUUGAGAGGCAUGGGCGUCUCGCCGGCCCCGAGGAGCCCGCCGGGCCUGGCCGAGAGGGACCUGAAGAACGAGCUGAGGUCGUACCUGAGAAGGAGCGGGGCAGCGCCGGGCCGCGGAGGCAACGCAGACGACCGGGGGCGGCAUCAACAUAA